UCGUCUCAAUUGGGCUCUCGGCUGAGAAGGGAAUCGGCUGCUGUCCGGGAUGGGAUGAGAAAGGAGACACAGACUGCUGGCUGUCUCCCUCUCUCUCUCUCUCUUGGGGCUGCCAAAAGGAAUUUGGGCAUGCGUCAGACCCGCAACGCAACAGUGCAAAACAAAACAACAUCCCGGCUGAGCUGAGAAACACGGGGCCGGCCGUCCCGGGGACUGCCUGGGUUUCCAACUCCCCUUCCGAAGAAGAAGCGAGGGAGACGGACGACUUCGGCAUCCUUCCUGCUCGCCACGACUCCGUGUCCCAAUCCGGACAUCAUCGACCUGACCUGGUCCGAAAGGUUUUGGCCAACCUCCGUGGCACAGAAGGUUGGCGGAGGGAUGUGGCAUGUGAAGAUCCAGGCUGGCCAGGAGACGGGCUCUGGGGCAGAGCCAAAUUCGGAACAUGGGAGGGAAGCCGGUGAAAUGCCUCACCUCUCCUAGCCCCAUCAACAGUGCAAAGAGUGAAUCGGGCAGCACCCCUUCCGAGGACAAGGCGGGGUUUGACCUUGGCCACGACGAAGAAGAUGGAGAAGAAAAAGUAGGAGCCAGGACAGAAAUCUGGAGCCACGCCUUUCCAGAGUUAGACCACAGAUAUGUUGUUUCCCACGUGGAAGAAAAUGGCGGUCGGUUGCCCGUUGAAUGGUCCCCAAAGUGUCCUGCCCCGAGUCUGGAGACUUCGUGGGAGGAACAUCUCCUGGAACAGCAGGAUCACUUGGAGAAAGAAAUGGAAGAAGCCAAAAGGAUGAUCUCUGGAUUGCAGGCGCUGCUGCUGAACGGAUCCCUUCCCGAGGACGAACAGGAACGGUCGCUGGUCCUGUGCGAGCAGGAAGCCUGUCCGGAGGAGCAGCUGGUCAUCAUCCGGAGCCGCCUGGAUCAGAGCCUGGAGGAGAAUCAGGACCUGAAGAAGGAACUGCAGAAAUGCAAGCAGGAAAGCCGAAACCUGCAGGGAGUCAAGGAUGCUUUGCAGCAGCGGCUGGCCCAGCAAGACGCACUGAUGCUGCAGAUAAAACAGGAACUGCUGAGAGCGAAUAUGGACAAGGAGGAAUUGCGUAGCCAGAAUGCUGAUCUGCAGAGGAAGGUGGAAGAGAGGAAUCGGCUUCUGGCAGAGUACAAGGUAAGGGGUCUCCAGGGCUGGGGGGUGGGGGGAGUCUUGGGAACUGCUGGCUCCCAGGAAGCCCUUUCCUCUCAUCUUGCUGAGGUUCGGACCAGAGGAGAAGUCCCCACCAAGAGAGCCCAGGGGCAGAAGUCACAACUUCUUGGCAGCUUCUUAUUCCAUCGUCUAUGGACUUUCUCUGCCAUCCAGGUCACAAUUGUCCCAAAGUGCUUUUUUUUCAGGAGGCAAACUGGACUUUCUGGGGGGUUUUCUUUGAAGACCUUUUG